UGUGCAGUAAAGCUUAUUGAUCAAAUUCCGUGAAAUUACUUUUUUACUCUUUAACAUUGAUGAAGUUUUAUUGUUUGUUUUACUACUCAAAUUUUUUUUUUUUUUUUGGUACCAAUUCUGGUUUUGGUUAAAUUUAGGGUUUUUCUUGGAGAUUGAUUUGAGAUCUACAACCAAAAUGAUGUGGUCCCUACCAGUUUGACAAUAAUGGUUCCUCCUGAUUUCUGGAUUCAUACUUCAUGGGGAAGCCUUUUGUUUUUUGUAAGGUUAUUUGAUUUGGACCCCAGGGCAUAGCUUGGAAUUUCUAAUUUCAGAAGCUUUCUGAUUAACGUUUGCGGUGGCAUUGCCAUUUGACCCCAGAAUGAUGAAGUUAGAAUAGUCUUUCUGAAAAAUCAUUUUAGCAAAACAUAGUAGUUGGUCUGCUAGACAGCUGAUAGAAAUGGUAUAUCUGAAAGUUUCAGUUCCAGGUACUGAAAAGCUUCUUCUAAAUUGUGAUCUAUGAUGUGGUUCAUUUCUCUUCGAGGAACUUGAACUACAUGUUCUAAAUAUACCUGAUAUAUUCAAGUCAUCAGUACCUUGAUUCAGUGGAGCUGAUCACAAAGUGACCUGGUGGUGAUAUAUUGGUUUCACUUAAUCUCAAUUACAUGUGGUUCAAGAUUAAAACUAUUGAUGCAAACUGGUAAUGAGCAGAAAUGAAGAGAUGUUAUGCAGGCGUUUCAAUUGCAUCUUUGUUUAUGAUGGUUGUUCUGAUGUAUGGUGCCAUGAAAAGUUCUGUUGGGGAAUAUUAUCUUACUAGUUCCUUAACCUUCAAUAAAACUGAUUCUCUUGCAUGGGUGUAUUCUGGAGCUCCACCUGCAGUUCAGAAUCCAGAGAAUGAUUCUCAAGUAAUUUCUGCUGAUUCCAUUGCCUUCAGUCUCUUUGCUCAGAGGAACAUAUCCAAUGAAGAGGAACAAACUUUGCAGACAUGGAACCAUCUGAAACACUUAAUAGGCAAUACUCAGGUUUUACCCAAUGCGGUAGAGGCAAUUAAGGAAGCUGGACUUGCAUGGAGUAGCCUUAUGACUUCUGUUGAAGAGGAGAGACUUGCCUAUGCAAAUAACAGUUCACGUAAGAGAGGAAAAGAGAAACAAUGUCCCCAUUUUCUUAAUAAAAUGAAUGCCACAGAGCUUGAUAAUAGCGGCUUUAAGAUGCAGGUUCCUUGUGGCUUGACUCAGGGUUCUUCCAUUACUAUAAUUGGGAUGCCAAAUGGCCUUCUUGGUAAUUUUCGGAUGGACUUAACUGGUGAACCACUUCCUGGGGAGCCAGAUCCACCAAUUAUUUUGCAUUACAAUGUUAGGCUGCAUGGUGAUAAGAUAACCGAGGACCCUGUAAUUGUCCAAAAUACCUGGACUAUUGCUCAUGACUGGGGUGACGAGGAGCGCUGUCCAUCCCCCUCUCCUGAUAAGAAUAAGAAAGUGGAUGAGUUGGACCAGUGCAACAAGAUGGUGGGUAAAGAUGACAAUCGAGUAUUCAUGGCUAGCAGGCAUUCUAAUGGGUCAAGGAAGUCAUUAAUGGUCACUGAAGGAUCUAAAACCCGGAAAUAUUUUCCCUUUAAUCAAGGUUAUCUAUCUGUUGCAACACUUAGAGUGGGAUCAGAGGGAAUUCAGAUGACAGUUGAUGGAAAGCACAUAACAUCCUUUGCUUUUCGUGAAAGUUUGGAGCCGUGGCUGGUUAGUGAAAUAAGGAUUUCAGGAGACAUCAAAUUAGUUUCUGUCUUGGCCAGUGGUUUACCCACAUCAGAGGAUUUGGAGCAUAUUGUUGACUUAGAAGCACUCGUAUCACCUCCUCUUCCUUCUCGGAAACCUCUGGAUCUCUUUAUUGGUGUUUUCUCAACAGCAAACAAUUUUAAGCGCAGGAUGGCUGUUCGGAGAACUUGGAUGCAGUAUACUGCAGUGCGGUCAGGGGCUGUUGCAGUGCGAUUUUUUGUUGGUUUGCAUAAAAACCAGAUGGUGAAUGAGGAGCUUUGGAGUGAGGCACAGACAUAUGGUGACAUACAACUGAUGCCGUUUGUUGACUAUUACGGCCUGAUCACCUGGAAGACUGUAGCCAUCUGCAUAUUUGGGACGGAGGUUGUUUCCGCGAAGUUUGUCAUGAAGACAGAUGACGAUGCUUUUGUUCGUGUGGAUGAAGUGCUGGCUUCUUUGAACAGGAUCAACAGGAGUCGAGGGCUACUUUAUGGUCUCAUCAACUCAGAUUCCCGACCUCAUCGAAAUCCUGAGAGCAAGUGGUAUAUCAGUCCCAAGGAAUGGCCUGAAGAAACGUACCCUCCAUGGGCACAUGGCCCUGGUUAUGUUGUCUCACGUGACAUAGCAAAGGCAGUCUACAAAAGACAUAAAAAAGGCAAUUUAAAGAUGUUUAAGCUAGAAGACGUGGCAAUGGGUAUCUGGAUUUCAGAAAUGGUGAAGGGAGGUCUGAAAGUGAGGUAUGAGAAGGAAGAGAGGAUCUUUAACGAGGGUUGCAAAGAUGGUUAUGUUGUUGCCCAUUACCAAGCUCCCCGAGAGAUGCUCUGUCUAUGGCAGAAACUCCAAGAAACAAAACGAGCUAGAUGCUGCAGCAACUGAUAAAAGCACGAUUGUAUUGUUUAUGUUAUUGAAAGCUAGACGAAUAUUCUAAAGCUAAAAUCAUGAAAGCUAGCUUGUAACAGAGAUUCAGAACACUAGAGGAUGAAUAGAGGGGAAGAAGGUUAUACGAAAGCAUUUCAUAUUAUUAACUAAGAAAAUCAUAAUUAGUAGUGCAUUGAUAGGACUAUUUUUUAGAAUUUGGUAUGAUAUAUGUUGUAUAUUAGGAUGACAUUGGCGGAUGUGUAUCAUAAGAGAGAGAGAGAGAGAGAGAGAGAGAGAGAGAGAUGUACCUUGUAUAGAGUCUCUAGCACCCAUUACUUGCAUGUCAUUGACGAUCUUACCGAGUAGAUUGCAUCAGUUUUUGCUCUUCGGUUUAUUGGUGCCCAUACGUCUUUACUUAAUACGAAGUAGGUCGCAGUUUUGUGUA